AUGUUAGGUCUGAUAGAAGUAAAGAAGGAGAUGGUGACUAAGUUUAAUGUUGCUCGUAUUUGGGGAAGUGACAGAGCCAGUUGGGAGUUUGUAGGUUCAGUUGAGGCGUCUAGAGGGUUAUUAUUAAUAUGGGAUGAAACGAUCUUUAAGUUGCAUAAUUGCUAUAAAGGAGAUAGAUGGAUGUGUGUAGAAGGAGUUGUGGUGAAAAACAAUUUUCAUUGUGCGAUUUGUUUAGUGUAUGGCCCGCAUGUGAGAGAUGACAAAAUAUCAAUGUGGAAAGAACUGAGUUAUGUUGUAGGACUAUGUCAGGUGCCUCUUUGUUACUUGGGGGAUUUUAAUGAAAUAUUGCAUUUGGAAGAAAGAAAAGGAGCGACUAGUUUAUCAGCGUCUGCGAAAGAUUUCAGAGCAUGGAUAAAUGACAUGGAGUUGAUUGAUUUGGCGCUAAACGAUCGUAAGUAUACUUGGUUUAGAGGACAGUCAGCCAGUCGGAUUGAUCGGAGCUUAGUUACUAUUGGGUGGCUGGAUGAAUAUCCAGAAAUGCGUCUGAGGGGAGGCCCAAGAGGGUUCUUGAGAAUGGUGAAGAAAGAAUGGAGGGGAUUAGGUAACAUACAAUUCUUAGACAAGAUGAAAGCACUAUCAGCUCCACUCUGCAGAUGGCACAAACAGCAUUUUGGAAAUAUGAAUGAGAGAAUAAAGAGGCUUGAGCAAGAAAUACAGAAGGUAGAUGAUAUGGUUAGUAUUGGGCACUAUGAUGGCACAACAGAGGCAAGGAGAAGGGCACUAGUAAAGUGCUGUGAAAAGUGGUAUGUGAGGCAAGAGUUGCACUAG